CCUCAAAAUUGUUUAUCCAAUACGCGGCUACAGGCCUUCAGUAAUCAAGAAAAAUGGACGACCCGGAUAGGGUGAUGCACGAUUACCCGGAGGAUUUUGACCGAGGCAUAUAUGGGAAUCCCGAAGGGUUUUCGGAACAUUAUAGAGCUGUGAACGCCCUCUGGGCACGUUAUCGAGAAGAGGGCGGCGCCUACGAAGGGGGCUUUAGAUCAUACCGUGUAGACCGAGAGGAGUGGGCGGAGCAACCGUUUCCGAGGCCAGGAGAAGCCAACCCUCGAGACUAUGUCAUAAAGAAAAAUUGGAAUCGGACCCCGUACAAGCAUGACGCUUGGGAAAGUACUUGGCCGCCGUUCGUACUUAAUACGUCGGAUAUAUGGGAUGAGCCGUACAGGAACGAUAUCCGGCAGAGAUGUCGCGAUGCUAUACAAUUUUUUGAGAGGCACCCCCCGAGAAAUCUUAUGGCUCUGAAAGUGCUGGGCUAUGGUGCGAAUGGUAUAGCUAUUAAGUUCGCGCGCCUAAAUCCACCUAAGGAACUGGUCAUCAAGAUUGGUCGCAAGGGCUGGUUUAGCCCGGAAAUCCGUCGCGAAGAACGAAUGAUGAAGGAAGUAGCCCGCGGGGCUCAUAGUGUCCAGAUGGUCAAUCCGGCUCAUGUCAUUGCUGCAAACGUUCAGCCGUUUGAGUACGAAUACAUAGACCAAUAUGAUUCGAGCGACGAUGACGACGAUCUACCUUCCUUACCUCCAUCGGAUGUAGAAACUUUAGACGAUAAUCGUUUCUACUCGGGCUGGAACGAUAGUCGGAGGCACACUUUUGAAAACGACCCCGAAGAUCAAGAGGACAAGGUUCGGCUUCACCGGAUAAGGAUGAGAGAAAAGGACGAAUUGAUCGACCGUAUGAUCCGUGACCGUGACCCGAACGAUCCUGAGAACCCACUCUCCCGCCACGACUAUAUCAUCCUAGAGUAUUUGGGCAAUGGCGACUUGGGGCAUCUCAUCCAAAGAAUUGAGAAGGCCAGCUUACCAAGAGAGGAAAAAAGGGUUCCAAAUCGUGUCCUUUGGUCCUUUUGGCUUUGCUUGGUUAGGGCAUGUGUUGGCUUGGAGUUUCCUCCGCGGAUGUACCACCCUGAGCGACACGACAGACAUGAUCCGGCCAAGAUACGAAGGGCGCUAGAGGAAGCGGCUGCUUCGAAUCCCGAAGGCGGGCCUGAUCAGUGGAAAGGUACCGGAGAUGACCUUUAUGAAGAGGUCCCACCCACUCGUAAGAGAUGGGCUGGGAGGCGAUUGGUCCAUUUUGAUAUCGACGCUAAAAAUGUCCUCAUCGGCGGCCCAGAUAGAAAUGCUAGAGACGGCGAGCAUGCUAUAAUUCCUAGACUGAAGCUUGCGGACUAUGGACGUGCAAGAAUAAUAAAGCCUAACAAGGGAAACCAGUAUUAUCUUCGACAUCGGUUCACCGGGAAAUACGGCCAUUAUGCCCCUGAACAAUUUGGAACGGAUUGGGAUCACGUAAAUGUUGAAACCACGUCGGGUUGGGAACUUGCGGAAGAAAGAGUAGCUGGGCAUUACGGAUCACCUAUGAACGUAUGGGGGAUUGCGCUGACCUUAUGGACGCUCAUGACGGUAUCUCGCCCGCCGGUCCCGCCACAGCGGAGCGCGGAAGAACCGAUUCACUAUGCGGCAUUGCUCAUGGAUGAUCCCGAGCUUGGUUAUAUAGACGAAGACCUCCGAAGAACAAUUACGCAAUGUAUGAGGCAUCACCCGGAAGAGCGACCACCACUAGAUACUUUAAUGAGGGGGGCGAAAGAAGGCUCAGUGCGAAGAUAUCCUGGAGAAACUGAUCAUAUGAUUAGAAACUGGGUUCAGACAUUUAUCUAUGAUGCUGUUCAGCCAGACAAUGCCCCUCCUUUAAACCCAUAUGGACCGUACCCUUAUCCCGAAAACGUGGAACCUCCGGCCCCGGCCCCGGCCCCUGCCCCUGUCAAAGUACCGUGGAAUCCUUUUGCACCUCAUGGACCUGCUCCUGGACCCGCACCGCCUCCAUGGGGUGCCGGUCCUUUUGGUCUUCCUGGGCCCGCUCCUGGACCUGCAGGACCUCCAGAUGCUCUGGGACCUCCAGGACCCAACCCCCUCGGUCCUAUUGGUCCUCCUCCGCCCGCUCCUCGUCCACACCACGUUCUCCCGGAUCUUCCUGCCGAUCCGCCAUUAGCGCCACCAAGGGAAGGAGAUGUCGAAGAGAUUGUGAUUUGGGAAGACGAAGCGCACGCAGAUGGCGAAGACGACGACGGCGGCGAAGACGAUGAAGAUGACGCAGUGCCAGACGGUGGAGGUGGAGGCGUGGGCGAAGGUGGUGUUGUAUGGGUCGAUCCGAACGAGGAUGAGUGGGAUGGCUUUGACGAAAACGCCGAAAAUAUUGAUCCGUUCGCAGGUUUCGACGGGCCUGACGUUCCAAUGGACGAUGCACCACCUUUACCUGGUCCCAUAAAUCCACCACUGGUUCCCCCUGACGCAGUGCAAUGGCUACCCCCGCAACCCCCGCCACCGCCACCACAAGAACCUGGUGGUCCAGUGCAGUGGCUACCACCGCAACCGCCUCAACCCGGUGGUGGCCCAUUACAAUGGAUACCGCAACCUCUGCAGCCGCCGCCAAAUCAAUUCGGAUUCUUCGCCGGCGCAGGCCAGGGGCCGGCGAAUAACAUACCCGGGCUGCCACAACGGGAGCCUCAAGGCCUUGCGAACCGGGUUAUAAAACGGAUGCAAAAUUUCGGACACCCCCGCCCUCCAAGGCACGGGCUAGCUCUGCCUCGUAAACGCCGUAGAGAUGCUCUUCGCGAACGGCUCCAACAUAUGUUCGACCGCCAUCAAAGAGGCGGCCAUCAAGGAGGCGGCCAUCAGGGAGGUGCUCAUUGAUAAACAUCCUGGAACGUCAUUUGGUUCCUAGCUUUUAUAUAACAUGUUCUUCUAGGGGAGGGCGAAGUCAAUAUUGACUUGAUUGAUUUAGCAAGAAAUAUAUUUCCGGUAUAUGAAGGUUAUUUUGUUAGUUACCUGGAGCUAAAACAGGUAGGGCAUGUCGUUUAGGUAUUUAUGUAGUAUAUACUUUAGAAUAUUCGCAUGGUAUUUUUAUUUUUA